GGAAAACAAAAAAUCUGCAGCUAAGAGAUUUCUACAACCUGGUGGUGAUGUUUCAGUAAGUCAGUGGUGGCAAGAGGAUAAAAUUUCAUGAGAAUGUCUACUUGUGUUUCUGAGGAGAAUUUGAUUGUGACGACACAAGAAGUUAAGGAUGAUUCCGAAAUGGCACCGGGGGAUGUAGUAGCUACAUCAUCAAAAAGUGUCUCUACGGAAGCUUUAACCUUGGGAGAUCUUAUGUCAAUGGAAGAUUCCCAAAGCUCACUCAACAACAGCAACACUCAUGGACCUGAAGAAGACCGUGAAACAGAACAUGAGAUAACAGAGGAAUCAAUGGAAGAUUCCCAAAGGUCACUCAACAAUAGCAACACUCAUGGACCUGAAGAAAACAUAGAGCGUGAAACAGAGGAACCAAUAGUAGAGAGCUUGAGAUUUCUAUUAUCUAAAAAUGUAGAAUCAGAGAGUCAAGGACUAGAAAAUGUGAUUGAGGAGCCUUGCCAUCACGAUCUCUUCUCAAGACGUCCAGCUCGUAUGACUAACUCUAGACCAACCUCAGCUCGUAUGAUUGACUCCGAACCAACCUCAGUCUCGGGAUUCCGCUCAGCUCGUUCUGAAGGAAGCUCAGUCAGCGCAAGCUCCUUCGGUUUCCCAAUCUUGCAAUCAGAAAGGAACAUCAGUACUGUAAGAAAGAGGACAAAACGUGGAAAGGAGAAAGGGUGGAGGCGUUACUCUCUUCGUCUCUGUUGUAGGUUCUGAUGCAGUACUCUGCCUUUCUCGCAGAGAGUUUCUUUACCUUUAUAAGUUCUAUUCAGGUUACUGAUCAUUCAAAAACUCAUGACGAGUGGUUUAGUAAACCUAUCUUCUGUAUGCCUCAAAUACUUCAUCGUGGCUUUAUAUAUAUCUAUGCUUUUUUUCCUUUCUUUUUCAGUUUCACGCCUUGCUUCAGUCACAAGGUACA